AUGGCCAGACGCGGUGGGGAGGAGGGAAGCUCCUGUGGGGCCUCGCCGGUGUCCGUGCGGGAGUCGCCUAUGCAUCUGUAUCCAAAGGGAAAACCUCGCGUGGAACUUGGACUCGAGGAGGGGGGAUUUGAACCCAACAGGCGCAGUUGCACGGUAAACUUCCGUCUAGGCAGCUGGAACUCCAAUAGUAGAGCGGUAGCGGGGAAUGAAGGGGGCCAUCCGUUUUCUGACUUAUCCUUGUCGUCUCUUAAGGUUUCGCCGCCGCCUCGCCAUGCAACAGCGACCCACGAAAGAAUAGCUGAGGAGGCCACCGUAGAAAGCGCCUUCUGCUGGGAGCAGGCAACGGUUGCACCUGCCGAUAGCCACCAGGCAAACAGAGACAUUUAUUCAAGCCCCCAGCCCAAGGAUGUUUUGGAGAGUUUCUCUCAAGGUAUUGCCGCCAGAGAUGCGGUGGAACAGUCUUCUUCGACGUUACUCACCGAUGACCAGGGCUUGCCCCAUGGGGAAUAUGCAUUUUUACGGAGUUCCACACACCGAGGCCACUCGGUUCCGGUUUCAUUAGAUAGGUUUGGCAAGACGCCCUACUUCUCACGGGCCCGUUCUGUGCAUGCUGCAGGCACCAUAUCUGCUUCAAGGUUCUCUCCAACAGCCCCGGGUCAUGUUGAGGUCGAAGGGGCAUCGGGAAUAUGCACCAUGGGACCGAGUCCAGCAACCUCUUCCUUGGCGCAUGCGUUGUUUCCGCGCUUGACUCCCGGAGAAAAUCCUGUGGGAUCACCCAACAUGGGAGAUGGAGUGGACGCCACGGUUCCGAAAUUUACCCUUGGUCAUUAUAUCUUGAGCCGUUCUAAACCAGCUGUUCGUGGGCGACCACUGUCCCGGCCACUCUACCCUGUUUUCAUAGUGCUGGUUCUUCUCCCGUUUCUGCUUAUUGCCUUGCUUUUUGGAUUACAUUAUUGGGCAAACACAGAAUUGAUAUCCAAGCUGCAUACUCAAAUUCGCAGCAGUUCACGCGCUGGUUCUCAAUGUGAUAAUGCUUUCUUCGGGGAGCAGUCUCGUCGAAUUAGCUCCAUGUCAAGAGACGGCUUUAUACUCAUGCUGGGCAUUCUGCUGGCUUUUGUCAUUCUUGUGGUUGGAGGCGCCUUCUUUAUUUGGGUGCUUCUAUGGCGAUCUGUGUUUUCAACCUACUUUCAGACGCUUGCGUUUAUUCGGGGAGCGGCGUUGAGGCUAUCGAAAAUCGAGGCCCUCGGGCCGGAGGAGUUGGCACGGGCUCCAAGGCCCAUUCUACCCUUCCUUUUCUGCUGCAGGGCCACGGGGAGGAAGAGGAAAAGGACGGUGUCCGAAGGGAUAGUUGAAGAGGCUGUAAAGCUGGGGAGGAUUCUGACUGAUCUAAAACGGUACGUUCCAAGCACAGGGCGUGGCGACAUAGUGACUGCCGCUCUGUGUGGUCUCAAUCCCGAAGGCUCGACUACCGUGAAUAUUCUUGAACUCCAAAGCGAUCGUGCCUCUGGGGGUCCCUCGGUAAGGGAAGAGUCUCCGGUAAGCGCUGGCAAUCUCAAUCCCCUUCGAUUGGACGCCCAAACGUCUUCAGCUGCCUCUGUGCGAAGGGACACGUUGGGAUUUGGUGGCGAACCUCGUCGCCGGUACGGGAGUGAAACCCCCUGGGAGGAUAAACACGUGACGGGAGACGCGGAGAGCAACGCAAAUUUGAGCGCCUCCUGUCAUCGAUGCAUUUGCUCUACAAGAAGUGCGUCGCUUAACCUAAAUGUUUCCAUGAGUACCAACUUGGCAUUCCUGCCUGGGAGUUCCCGUCAUUCCCUGUUUUGGUGUUCCAAUCGGGAACGCUCUUCUUCCGAGGCCGCUGGAGCGAGGAUGGCAGAGUUGAAUGACCAAAGUCCCUCGGUGCGGCAAGUAACUUUUAUGGUCUGUCGUUUAUUUUUACCAAGGUUGGAGUUUGAUUCUGACGAUUCCGUAAAAAUCGACUGUGUACGUCAAGUGGAGGGGAUGUCACGACGAUUUCUGCGCACUGUGUUACGUGUGACGAAGGAGGAGCGCGGCCUCCCAUUUGAUAUUCGCCUGGAUUCUGUCAUUCUGCUCUUUUACACCCCGUCUGGACCCAACUCCGUUAAUUUGAUCCAGCCCCGUAACUGUGCAUUGAGGCUGGUCUCGGAACUCUCCAGGCCUGAGUUAGACCGGGGCGCCACUUCAUCUACACAAAUGCAAUGGGGCAUUGCAAUGCACACGGGCUCGCUAAUGGUUGGUGUAAGCAAUACGACCUCCCGCAGGUUUUCGUUUGUUUAUGGGGAGGAACUUCAGUUGGCGUAUCGUGUGGCGGAAUUGUGUAGAAUCCUAAACUGCCCUCUGAUCAUGCUGCAGGCGUGCUAUGAACUUUUUCGUGUCUGUAUUACGGCUGUACCGGUAGAUGUCAUCUACAACGAGACGUUUCGUGGAAAAGGGCCCAUUUACCUCUACGAGCCAAAAGCACCGGAGGAGGAAGAAGACCUUGACGCCAAACGGGAAUACUACGAACCUUUCACGGAAGCCUUUGGUUUACUGUGCGGAAGGCAGUUUGCAGAUGCCGCGAGAAAACUUGAGGGGAUUGUAGAUUUGGAUCACAAUGUAAAGCGACUGCACCGUUUGUGCAGCUACUUUCACCAGUUGCAGAAUGAGGGGAAGCUCGAUGCAAUCCUCUCCCCCAACACGACAUACCUGCGUGAAGGACCACAUUGGGGACUUCUCCAGGAAAAGGUCCAGAAGUUUUUGAAGGAGUCUUGCUUGCAGGAGGAGCAGCAACGCGUAUGUCGGUGUGGAAGUACGCCUGACAACAGAGAAGAGAAUGUGGAAAAUGCCGUGAACAGUUGUCAGGCAUUUCGAUGUGUUGGGAAUGGACGAGAAAUGGGCGAUUCAGAGAGUGUAGGGUCCUGUGGGACGCACUCUGGCUCCACCUCUCUCCACCCUGGCGCAGCAGCUGAGGACGAAAUUGCCUUGCUCCCGAAUGAUCCCGUUCCACCACUGAGCCCCCUCUUUGGUGUGACUACGCCACCGUUUAACGCCUUUCAUGACGGCGAUGAUCAGUCAAGUUAUACAGCACAACCUGCGUCGAAACUCGAACAUGGUGAGGGCCAUGAAAUUGGCGUUCGUUACAGUUCCGGUGCAGAGGUUUUGCCUGGCAUGUAUUCUGCAGCGGAACUUGACAGUGAGUUUGCUCCUCACCAUUGCUCUGGCGCCGACGAUAUCGCCAGCUACACCUGGGGGCACAACGACGACAGCAACAAGGCGAAGAAAGGCAAGCACGUGUUUUAUGUUUAUGAGCCUCUGGGCCGCGGGUCGUUUGGAGUCGUUUACCGGGGGCUUCACCCGAAUGGCUACAUUGUCGCCGUCAAGGCAUACCCCGUCACUGAACAGGAUGCAAAUAACGUGCGAACUCAAAUUGCGCGCUCUGAGAUUAAAAUGUUGUCCAGUUGUCGGCACAAGAAUAUUGUUCGCUACAUAACAAGUUUUUACCAAGCUGAGCACUUCUACACCAUUACGGAAUUUGUCUCCGGCGGUUCGCUCACUGCGCUUGUGAAUACUUUUCAACGUCUUCCACACAACGCCAUUAGACGCUACACCGGUGACAUUCUUCGCGGACUUCAGUACCUGCACGGGCGUCGCCUGGUCCAUCGAGACAUUUCCCCAAACAACGUACUUGUGGACAUUGACGGGGUGUGUAAACUCAGUGACUUUGGGGGGGUUGUGGAGUACGCCUUGCACCCAACCGACCGGGGCGCUGAACACACGCCAAAGAUUGCCGCGGGCGUUUGUGCCCAGACGGGCGUGAUACUGACCUCAGAGGAGGUGGCCUCGGUGACAGGCACUGUGAUACUCAAGAACUGCUUUGGAACCCCUGUCUGUAUGUCGCCAGAGGCCUGCUCAGGGGUUGUUGACCCCAAAAACGAUAUCUGGGCACUGGGCAUCACGCUUUGUUUCUGCUUCUCCGGCCGGUUUCCGUGGCCCGAGGAGGAGAUGUGCGACGUCGCAACCUUUAUUGACAAGGUCCGCAGUGGCGUUCUCAUCCCUCAGGUGCCGUACCACACGAUGGACUCUCAGGCCGCAGACUUUAUUGGGCUGUGUCUUCGGAGAGACGUGGCUUCUCGUCCAUCAGCGCAUAAAUUAUUGUUUCAUCUCUUUGUGGUAAGCUGA